AUGGGGACGAUGGGUCCAGUGCUCUGGAUCCUAUCAGCAGCUACUCUUACUUAUUCCUAUGAAGCACAUACUCGAGUAUUCAACCCUGCACAUAAUGAACAAGUCUGCAGUACGUGGGGUAACUUCCAUUACAAGACAUUUGAUGGAGACAUCUUCCAGUUCCCAGGAACGUGUAACUAUGUCUUUGCCUCCCACUGUAAAAGCAACUAUGAAGAUUUUAAUAUCCAGAUACGACGUUCAGUUGGUUCAGGGAAGACAACCCUGUCCUAUGUAGUGAUGAAGGUCGAGGGUCUGGUGAUUGAGAUGAAAAAAGGAGAGGUUAAGGUUGAAGGUAAAAGAGUUACUCUGCCGUACAGCCAGUUUGGGGUACAAAUACAAACCAGCAGCAUUUAUGUGAAAGUUUCUGCCAAGCUCGGACUGGUCCUUAUGUGGAAUGAGGACGAUGCUCUUAUGCUGAAACUACAGUCCAAAUACAUUAACAGUACAUGUGGGCUGUGCGGAAACAUGAAUGGAGUGAAGCAAGAUGAGUUCAAAGCUAAUGAUAUCCCACUGACCCCUCUGCAAUUUGGAAACCUGCAAAAGUUGGAUGGACCAACGGAACAAUGUGAAGAUCCUGUGCCAUCUGUCCCCAGUAACUGUAGUGACCUGAAGGAGACGUGCUUACGGAUGCUCUCCACUUCAGCCUUCAGAGACUGUGACCUCCGUCUCCCUAUAGCACCAUAUGUGCAGUCUUGCAUGUUGGAUCUUUGCAGCUGCCAGUCUUCUUCCGAUGUUUCCUGUUUCUGUGACACUCUGGCCGAGUACUCCCGUCAAUGCGCUCAUGCUGGUGGCAGGCCCAGUGAUUGGAGAACACAUAAGAUUUGUGAGAGAAGCUGUCCAAUGAAUAUGAAAUAUGAAGAAUGUGGUUCACCCUGCGUGGAUACCUGCUCCAAUUCAGAAAGGGCGCUGGUUUGUGAAGAACAUUGUAUAGAUGGCUGCUUCUGUCCUCCAGGAACUGUGUUGGAUGAUGUUGACAACAGGGGCUGUGUCCCUCAAAGUCAAUGCUCCUGCACCUUUAAUAAUAAAAAGUAUGCCCCAGGAGAAUCCUACAGUAGCAACUGCCGCAACUGCACCUGCACAGGAGGCCAAUGGAGUUGCCAUUCUCUGCCCUGUCCUGGGCGCUGUUCUCUAGAAGGAGGUUCUCACAUUAACACUUUUGAUGGAGGACACUACACUUUCCAUGGGGACUGUAGCUACAUAUUCACUAAGGACUGCGGCAAGAACAGGUUCACUAUUCUGGCUGAGCUGCGGAGAUGUGGGGUCACUGAUACGGAGACCUGUCUGAAGAGCAUUACUUUAUCACUAGACAAAGGGGCAACUGUUAUCAUGGUGAAAUCUUCUGGUACAAUCCUCCUUAAUGGCAUCUAUGCUCAGAUACCUCUAGCCACAGAAAGCAUUGUUGUGUUCCAGCCAUCCUCUUUCUACGUGAUCAUUCAGAGUUUUAGUGGGCUGCAGAUUCAGGUUCAGCUUAGCCCGGUCAUGCAGAUAUUUGUGACCCUGGAUCCCGAGUACCAGGGAGAAACUUGCGGUCUCUGUGGAGAUUUUAACAACAUCCGUACAGAUGAUUACCAAUCUCUGAGUGGUGCUUUAGAGGGGACAGCUGCUGCAUUUGCCAACACCUGGAAGAGUCAAGCAGAUUGCCAUGAUGUGAAGGACAGCUAUGAAAACCCAUGCAUGCUCAGUGUGGAAAAUGAGAGAUAUGCCCAGCACUGGUGUUCUCUGCUCUCGGACACCAAAGGACCUUUUGCUCCCUGCCAUGAUGUAGUGCAUCCAAUGAUCUACCAAAAGAACUGUAUAUAUGACAGUUGCAACUACGAGAAGAGUGAAGACAGUGUGUGCGCUGCGUUUUCUUCCUACGCACGCAUGUGUGCUGCUCAGGGUGUCACUCUACAUGGGUGGAGAGGUACCAUUUGUGACAAAUAUACCAAGAACUGUCCCAGGAAUAUGUCCUAUCAAUACACCAUAAAUACUUGUCAGCAAACCUGUCGCUCUUUGAGUGAACCAGAUCCAAGCUGCAGUGUGCGAUUCUCACCUCUGGAUGGUUGUGGGUGCAGCAAAGGAACCUUCCUCGAUGAAAGUGGAUCCUGUGUUCCAGCCAAGAAAUGCCCCUGUUACUACAAGGGAUCAGCAAUGCCUGCAGGAGAAGUCAUCUAUGAUAACGGAGCCAUGUGUACGUGUCAAAGUGGAAGACUACACUGUGUUGGAAAAACACCAAGUUUUGCAGAGUGCCCAAAUAACAUGGUAUAUUUUGAUUGCGCUAAUGCUUCUAUGGGAGCUAAAGGAGCUGAAUGCCAGAAGACAUGCCAGACACUGGAUAUGGAGUGUUUCAGCAUUCAGUGUGCCUCGGGCUGUGUCUGCCCUGCUGGGCUUGUGCUCAAUAACAAUGGCAGCUGUGUGUCAGAGGAGCAGUGUCCUUGCGUACACAAUGGACAAAUUUACCACAGUGGGGAGAGUAUCCAACAGGACUGUAACACGUGUAUCUGUAAAGAGCGUAAGUGGCAGUGUACAAAGAAGGAAUGCCACAGGACCUGUGCGGUGUAUGGAGAGGGGCACUAUAUUACUUUUGAUGGAAAACGUUUUGACUUCAGUGGUAACUGCGAAUAUACAUUAGCUCAGGAUUAUUGUGCAUCCAGCUCGGGGAAUGGAUCAUUUCGAGUGAUCACUGAGAAUAUCCCAUGUGGGACAACUGGGGCAACUUGUUCAAAGGCUAUCAAACUAUUUUUGGGGAACUUUGAACUGAAGCUGAGUGAAGGAGCAUUUGAAGUUGUGGAGAGAGAAAUAGGAGGCGAUGUUCCUUACCAGGUCAGGCAGAUGGGUGUCUACCUUGUAAUCGAGGCCAAGAAUGGACUGAUCCUCAUGUGGGACAAAAAAACAAGCAUCUUAAUUAAACUGAGCCCAGACUUUAAGGGAAACGUAUGUGGUCUCUGUGGCAAUUAUGAUGGCAGUGUCUCCAAUGAUUUCACCACAAGAAGUUUAUCGGUUGUCGUCAACGUACAAGAAUUUGGUAACAGCUGGAAAGCCUCUCCCUCCUGUCCUGAUGCGCAGCCCCUUAGAGAUCCUUGUCUUUCAAACCCAUACCGUCAGACCUGGUCCCAGAAACACUGCAGCAUUGUCAUGGGUGCCGCCUUCUCCAAAUGCCAUGCAAAGGUUGACCCCACCCCUUUCCAUGAAGCAUGUGUCCGGGACACUUGCGCUUGUGAUUCGGGAGGAGAUUGUGAGUGUUACUGUACGGCUGUGGCCGCUUAUGCUGCAGCCUGUAAUGAAGCUGGAAUCUGUGUAUCAUGGAGAAGCCCUGACAUUUGCCCACUUUUCUGUGAUUACUACAAUCCGGAAGGAGAAUGUGAGUGGCACUAUAAGCCAUGUGGAGCUCCAUGUAUGAAGACUUGCAGAAAUCCUAGUGGAAAGUGCAUGAAUGAGCUGCCAGGAUUGGAAGGAUGUUAUCCCAAAUGCCCCAAGGAUCGACCUUUCUUUGAUGAAGAUAUCAUGAAGUGUGUGGCCCAAGCAAACUGUGGAUGUUAUGAUGAUGAUGGCAAACGCUACACUGUUGGGGAUAUGGUGCCAUCCUUCAAAAACUGCGAAUCCUGUAUAUGCACCAAAAAGGGUCGUCGUUGCCAGUUGGAUCUGCGAGCUUGCUACUGCUAUUAUGGGAACAUGAAGUAUAACUACGGAGAAGUCAUCUAUAACACCACAGAUGGAAUUGGAGGAUGUAUAACAGCCAAGUGUUCAUCUAAUGGAACUAUUGAGAGAAAGGUCUAUCCAUGCACAGCAACUACUGAGGCGCCAACCACAACUUUGUAUUUCGACACGACAACUUCACCUGCCAUGAACCUGACCACUUCAGGGCCAGCAUCACCAACGUCUGUGUCGUGUCUGGAAGAAGUCUGCAAGUGGUCCAUGUGGUAUGAUGUGACCUGUCCCAAGUAUGGAGAAAAUGAAGGGGAUUUUGAAACAUUUGAGAAGAUCAGAGAUAGCGGUCACUCUGUUUGUAAAGUCCCAUCUAAGGUGGAGUGUCGAGCACAGAAAUUCCCCAAAAUACCUGUUAAAGACUUAGGUCAGAUCAUUCAGUGCAAUACUUCAGUUGGUCUUGUGUGUUACAAUCGAGACCAAUUUUCUCAGCUCUGUUUCAACUAUGAGAUUCGAAUCCUAUGUUGUAGCUAUGUUCCUUGUGGAAAUUCUACUAAACCUCCAAGUUCAACAGCUCAAACCUCUCCAAAAGUCACCUCUUUAACAACUAAAUCUCCUAAAUCCCCAACAAUCUCAACCCUGCUGCCUGUUGAUAUUUCCACCUUAAAAACCUUACAGACAAGUUCUACCAUAACUAGAAAAACACCUAGAACAACAGCUGAAAGUUCAGUCACAGAACAUGUACAGCCAUCUUCACCCUUACCUACCCUUGAGUCUCAUUCCACUGCACACAGUACACCAUGCAAACUUCAGAAAUGCACCUGGACCCAAUGGUAUGAUGUACACUUUCCUACCAUUGUAACCUCUGAUGGAGACUUUGAGACACUAGAAAAUAUUGCGGCUGCUGGAAAUGAUAUAUGUAAAAAGCCAGACAAUAUUGAGUGCAGAGCUGAGCGUUUCCCAAAUACAAACAUAGCGGAUAUUGGGCAGGUUGUUACAUGCAAUGCUUCCUAUGGUCUCAUCUGCCAGAACAAAGAUCAGGACUGGAAUUUCCCCCUUUGUUACAAUUAUCAAGUAAGAGUACUAUGCUGCUCCAUGGAAGACUGUGAAAAAUCUACUGUUCCCCCUUAUACAAUAGACACUAUCCAUACAACCACUAUGGUUCCUGAAGAAACAAAAACUUCAAUCACAAUUACUGAAAGAACAGUCACAUCUGGUGUUAUAACAGAAAGGAAAAGUACUACAUCAAAAGUUCCUGAGGAAGGUCAUACAAGUGUCGUUGCUGGAACACAGUUCAAAACUGCUUCCUCUGCAUCAGGAUCCACCUCUGCUGACACACCCUGUGAACCUGUUUGUCAGUGGUCACAGUGGUUUGAUGUAAGUUUCCCAGAUGAAGAGACCAAUGGAGACUUUGAAACCUUUGAGGAGAUCAAAAAAUCUGGAUUCAUGAUUUGUAAUGAGCCAUCAGAUAUCCAAUGCAGAUCAGCAGACCUUCCAGACAUUUCUUUAGAUGAACUUCAACAAAAUGUGGAGUGCAAUGCCAGUGUAGGUCUAAUCUGCAUGAAUGAGGAACAGAACGGCCCGUUUCCGUAUUGUUACAAUUAUGAGAUCCGUGUCCUCUGUUGCACUGGGUGUACCUCCACAAAAAUACCAACAACACCUUUGUAUCCAACUAGUACAAUUUCUGUGUCACCAGGAACAUCAACACCUGAAAAUACAAGUUUUCAUAAUAAGACAACUAGACCAACUCUAGGCACUGCUUCUUCUAAGACUACAGCUGCAAAAAGCACAAAAGUAACUUCAACCAUGCAAACCACAAUAUCUGAACAUGGAGUCACCUCGUCUCAAAAACCAGUAUCACUAAAACCAACUAAAGCAACCACAGCAUCUGGUGAAGUGACAACUACCAAAGUGCAAACUACUGCUUCUGGUGAAGUGACAUCUGCUUUUAGAACCUCUAAGCCAACAACUUCCAGAGUGACUGCAGCUUUUGGUAAAUCAACCACUGCUUCUUCCAGUGAAGAACUGCACUCCUACACACCGUUAUCAUCAAAAACUACAAAGGUACAUACUGCAGCAAAUGAAUUUACAACUACCGGGGCAAUAACCCAAGGUAAAAUUAGUACCAUUAAACAAACAUCUGCUAAAUUCACCUCUGAAAAGUCAACCACUAAACAUUCAAAUGAAAACACCCCUAGCAGCUCAAGUUCUAUGGAAGAAUCUCAUGAAUCCAAUGAAGAAACAUCAACUAGAGCAAGUAAGACAACUAGACCAACUCUAGGCACUGCUUCCUCUAAGACUACAGCUGCAAAAAGCACAAAAGUAACUUCAACGAUGCAAACCACAAGGUCUGAACAUGGAGACACUUCGUCUCAAAAACCAGUAUCGCUAAAACCAACUAAAGCAGCCACAGCAUCUGGUGAAGUGACAACUACCAAAGUGCAAACUACUGCUUCUGGUGAAGCGACAUCUGCUUUUAGAACCUCUAAGCCAACAACUUCCAGAGCGACUGCAACUUUUGGUAAAUCAACCACUGCUUCUUCCAGUGAAGAACUGCACUCCUACACACCGUUAUCAUCAAAAACGACAAAGGUGCAUACUGCAGAAAAUGAAUUGACAUCCACCAGGGCAACAACCCAUGGUAAAAUGAGUACCAUUAAACAAACAUCUGCUAAAUUCACCUCUGAAAAGUCAACCGCUAAACAUUCAAAUGAAAACACACCAAGCAGCUCCAGUUCUAUGGAAGAAUCUCAUGAAUCCAAUGAAGAAACUUCAACUAGAGCAAGUAAGACAACUAGACCAACUCUAGGCACUGCUUCUUCUAAGACUACAGCUGCAAAAAGCACAAAAGUAUCUUCAACCAUGCAAACCACAAGGUCUGAACAUGGAGAAACUUCGUCUCAAAAACCAGUAUCACUAAAACCAACUAAAGCAGCCACAGCAUCUGGUGAAGUGACAACUACCAAAGUGCCUUCUACUGCUUCUGGUGAAGUCACAUCUGCUUUUAGAACCUCUAAGCCAACAACUUCCAGAGUGACUGCAGCUUUUGGUAAAUCAACCACUGCUUCUUCCAGUGAAGAACUACACUCCUACACACCGUUAUCAUCAAAAACAACAAAGGUGCAUACUGCAGAAAAUGAAUUGACAUCCACCAGGUCAACAACCCAUGGUAAAUUAAGUACCAUUAAACAAACAUCUGUUAAAUUCAUCUCUGAAAAGUCAACCACUAAACAUUCAAAUGAAAACACCCCUAGCAGCUCAAGUUCUAUGGAAGAAUCUCAUGAAUCCAAUGAAGAAACAUCAACUAGAGCAAGUAAGACAACUAGACCAACUCUAGGCACUGCUUCCUCUAAGACUACAGCUGCAAAAAGCACAAAAGUAACUUCAACCAUGCAAACCACAAGGUCUGAACAUGGAGACGCUUCGUCUCAAAAACCAGUAUCACAAAAACCAACUAAAGCAGACACAGCAUCUGGUGAAGUGACAACUACCAAAGUGCAAACUACUGCUUCUGGUGAAGCGACAUCUGCUUUUAGAACCUCUAAGCCAACAACUUCCAGAGCGACUGCAACUUUUGGUAAAUCAACCACUGCUUCUUCCAGUGAAGAACUGCACUCCUACACACCGUUAUCAUCAAAAACGACAAAGGUGCAUACUGCAGAAAAUGAAUUGACAUCCACCAGGGCAACAACCCAUGGUAAAAUGAGUACCAUUAAACAAACAUCUGCUAAAUUCACCUCUGAAAAGUCAACCGCUAAACAUUCAAAUGAAAACACACCAAGCAGCUCCAGUUCUAUGGAAGAAUCUCAUGAAUCCAAUGAAGAAACUUCAACAAGAGCAAGUAAGACAACUAGACCAACUCUAGGCACUGCUUCUUCUAAGACUACAGCUGCAAAAAGCACAAAAGUAACUUCAACGAUGCAAACCACAAGGUCUGAACAUGGAGACACUUCGUCUCAAAAACCAGUAUCACUAAAACCAACUAAAGCAGCCACAGCAUCUGGUGAAGUGACAACUACCAAAGUGCAAACUACUGCUUCUGGUGAAGCGACAUCUGCUUUUAGAACCUCUAAGCCAACAACUUCCAGAGCGACUGCAACUUUUGGUAAAUCAACCACUGCUUCUUCCAGUGAAGAACUGCACUCCUACACACCGUUAUCAUCAAAAACGACAAAGGUACAUACUGCAGAAAAUGAAUUGACAUCCACCAGGGCAACAACCCAUGGUAAAAUGAGUACCAUUAAACAAACAUCUGCUAAAUUCACAUCUGAAAAGUCAACCGCUAAACAUUCAAAUGAAAACACACCAAGCAGCUCCAGUUCUAUGGAAGAAUCUCAUGAAUCCAAUGAAGAAACCUCAACUAGAGCAAGUAAGACAACUAGACCAACUCUAGCCACUGCUUCUUCUAAGACUACAGCUGCAAAAAGCACAAAAGUAACUUCAACCAUGCAAACCACAAGGUCUGAACAUGAAGACACCUCGUCUAAAAAACCAGUAUCACUAAAACCAACUAAAGCAGCCACAGCAUCUGGUGAAGUGACAACUACCAAAGUGCAAACUACUGCUUCUGGUGAAGUGACAUCUGCUUUUAGAACCUCUAAGCCAACAACUUCCAGAGUGACUGCAGCUUUUGGUAAAUCAACCACUGCUUCUUCCAGUGAAGAACUACACUCCUACACACCGUUAUCAUCAAAAACGACAAAGGUACAUACUGCGGAAAAUGAAUUUACAUCUACCGGGGCAACAACCCAUGGUAAAUUAAGUACCAUUAAACAAACAUCUGUUAAAUUCAUCUCUGAAAAGUCAACCACUAAACAUUCAAAUGAAAACACCCCUAGCAGCUCAAGUUCUAUGGAAGAAUCUCAUGAAUCCAAUGAAGAAACAUCAACUAGAGCAAGUAAGACAACUAGACCAGCUCUAGGCACUGCUUCAUCUAAGACUACAGCUGCAAAAAGCACAAAAGUAACUUCAACCAUGCAAACCACAAGGGCUGAACAUGAAGACACUUCGUCUCAAAAACCAGUAUCACAAAAACCAACUAAAGCAGCCACAGCAUCUGGUGAAGUGACAACUACCAAAGUGAAAACUACUGCUUCCGGUGAAGCGACAUCUGCUUUUAGAACCUCUAAGCCAACAACUUCCAGAGUGACUGCAGCUUUUGGUAAAUCAACCACUGCUUCUUCCAGUGAAGAACUGCACUCCUACACACCGUUAUCAUCAAAAACGACAAAGGUGCAUACUGCAGAAAAUGAAUUGACAUCCACCAGGGCAACAACCCAUGGUAAAAUGAGCACCAUUAAACAAACAUCUGUUAAAUUCAUCUCUGAAAAGUCAACCACUAAACAUUCAAAUGAAAACACCCCUAGCAGCUCAAGUUCUAUGGAAGAAUCUCAUGAAUCCAAUGAAGAAACAUCAACUAGAGCAAGUAAGACAACUAGACCAGCUCUAGGCACUGCUUCUUCUAAGACUACAGCUGCAAAAAGCACAAAAGUAACUUCAACGAUGCAAACCACAAGGUCUGAACAUGGAGACACUUCGUCUCAAAAACCAGUAUCACUAAAACCAACUAAAGCAGCCACAGCAUCUGGUGAAGUGACAACUACCAAAGUGCAAACUACUGCUUCUGGUGAAGCGACAUCUGCUUUUAGAACCUCUAAGCCAACAACUUCCAGAGCGACUGCAACUUUUGGUAAAUCAACCACUGCUUCUUCCAGUGAAGAACUGCACUCCUACACACCGUUAUCAUCAAAAACGACAAAGGUACAUACUGCAGAAAAUGAAUUGACAUCCACCAGGGCAACAACCCAUGGUAAAAUGAGUACCAUUAAACAAACAUCUGCUAAAUUCACAUCUGAAAAGUCAACCGCUAAACAUUCAAAUGAAAACACACCAAGCAGCUCCAGUUCUAUGGAAGAAUCUCAUGAAUCCAAUGAAGAAACCUCAACUAGAGCAAGUAAGACAACUAGACCAACUCUAGCCACUGCUUCUUCUAAGACUACAGCUGCAAAAAGCACAAAAGUAACUUCAACCAUGCAAACCACAAGGUCUGAACAUGAAGACACCUCGUCUAAAAAACCAGUAUCACUAAAACCAACUAAAGCAGCCACAGCAUCUGGUGAAGUGACAACUACCAAAGUGCAAACUACUGCUUCUGGUGAAGUGACAUCUGCUUUUAGAACCUCUAAGCCAACAACUUCCAGAGUGACUGCAGCUUUUGGUAAAUCAACCACUGCUUCUUCCAGUGAAGAACUACACUCCUACACACCGUUAUCAUCAAAAACGACAAAGGUGCAUACUGCGGAAAAUGAAUUUACAUCUACCGGGGCAACAACCCAUGGUAAAUUAAGUACCAUUAAACAAACAUCUGUUAAAUUCAUCUCUGAAAAGUCAACCACUAAACAUUCAAAUGAAAACACCCCUAGCAGCUCAAGUUCUAUGGAAGAAUCUCAUGAAUCCAAUGAAGAAACAUCAACUAGAGCAAGUAAGACAACUAGACCAACUCUAGGCACUGCUUCAUCUAAGACUACAGCUGCAAAAAGCACAAAAGUAACUUCAACCAUGCAAACCACAAGGGCUGAACAUGAAGACACUUCGUCUCAAAAACCAGUAUCACAAAAACCAACUAAAGCAGCCACAGCAUCUGGUGAAGUGACAACUACCAAAGUGAAAACUACUGCUUCCGGUGAAGCGACAUCUGCUUUUAGAACCUCUAAGCCAACAACUUCCAGAGUGACUGCAGCUUUUGGUAAAUCAACCACUGCUUCUUCCAGUGAAGAACUGCACUCCUACACUCCGUUAUCAUCAAAAACGACAAAGGUGCAUACUGCAGAAAAUGAAUUGACAUCCACCAGGGCAACAACCCAUGGUAAAAUGAGCACCAUUAAACAAACAUCUGUUAAAUUCAUCUCUGAAAAGUCAACCACUAAACAUUCAAAUGAAAACACCCCUAGCAGCUCAAGUUCUAUGGAAGAAUCUCAUGAAUCCAAUGAAGAAACAUCAACUAGAGCAAGUAAGACAACUAGACCAGCUCUAGGCACUACUUCUUCUAAGACUACAGCUCCAAAAAGCACAAAAGUAACUUCAACCAUGCAAACUACAAGGGCUGAACAUGAAGACACCUCAUCUCAAAAACCAGUAUCACAAAAACCAACUAAAGCAGCCACAGCAUCUGGUGAAGUGACAACUACCAAAGUGCAAACUACUGCUUCUGGUGAAGUGACAUCUGCUUUUAGAACCUCUAAGCCAACAACUUCCAGAGUGACUGCAGCUUUUGGUAAAUCAACCACUGCUCCUUCCAGUGAAGAACUACAUUCCUACACACCGUUAUCAUCAAAAACUACAAAGGUACAUACUGCAGAAAAUGAGUUUACAUCUACCGGGGCAACAACCCAUGGUAAAAUGAGUACCAUUAAACAAACAUCUGCUAAAUUCACCUCUGAAAAGUCAACCACUAAACAUUCAAAUGAAAACACCCCUAGCAGCUCAAGUUCUAUGGAAGAAUCUCACGAAUCCAAUGAAGAAACAUCAACUAGAGCAAGUAAGACAACUAGACCAACUCUAGGCACUGCUUCCUCUAAGACUACAGUUGCAAAAAGCACAAAAGUAACUUCAACCAUGCAAACCACAAGGUCUGAACAUGGAGACACUUCGUCUCAAAAAGCAGUAUCACUAAAACCAACUAAAGCAGCCACAGCAUCUGGUGAAGUGACAACUACCAAAGUGCAAACUACUGCUUCUGGUGAAGCGACAUCUGCUUUUAGAACCUCUAAGCCAACAACUUCCAGAGUGACUGCAGCUUUUGGUAAAUCAACCACUGCUUCUUCCAGUGAAGAACUACACUCCUACACACCGUUAUCAUCAAAAACUACAAAGGUACAUACUGCAGCAAAUGAAUUUACAUCUACCGGGGCAACAACCCAUGGUAAAAUGAGUACCAUUAAACAAACAUCUGCUAAAUUCACCUCUGAAAAGUCAACCACUAAACAUUCAAAUGAAAACACCCCUAGCAGCUCAAGUUCUAUGGAAGAAUCUCACGAAUCCAAUGAAGAAACAUCAACUAGAGCAAGUAAGACAACUAGACCAACUCUAGGCACUGCUUCUUCUAAGUCUACAGCUGCAAAAAGCACAAAAGUAACUUCAACCAUGCAAACUACAAGGUCUGAACAUGGAGACACUUCGUCUCAAAAACCAGUAUCGCUAAAACCAACUAAAGCAGCCACAGCAUCUGGUGAAGUGACAACUACCAAAGUGCAAACUACUGCUUCUGGUGAAGCGACAUCUGCUUUUAGAACCUCUAAGCCAACAACUUCCAGAGUGACUGCAGCUUUUGGUAAAUCAACCACUGCUUCUUCCAGUGAAGAACUACACUCCUACACACCGUUAUCAUCAAAAACUACAAAGGUACAUACUGCAGCAAAUGAAUUUACAUCUACCGGGGCAACAACCCAUGGUAAAAUGAGUACCAUUAAACAAACAUCUGUUAAAUUCACCUCUGAAAAGUCAGCCACUAAACAUUCAAAUGAAAACACACCUAGCAGCUCAAGUUCUAUGGAAGAAUCUCACGAAUCCAAUGAAGAAACAUCAACUAGAGCAAGUAAGACAACUAGACCAACUCUAGGCACUGCUUCUUCUAAGUCUACAGCUGCAAAAAGCACAAAAGUAACUUCAACCAUGCAAACCACAGGGUCUGUACAUGGAGACACUUCAUCUCAAAAACCAGUAUCACUAAAACCAACUAAAGCAGCCACAGCAUCUGGUGAAGUGACAACUACCAAAGUGCAAACUACUGCUUCUGGUGAAGUGACAUCUGCUUUUAGAACCUCUAAGCCAACAACUUCCAGAGUGACUGCAGCUUUUGGUAAAUCAACCACUGCUUCUUCCAGUGAAGAACUGCACUCCUACACACCGUUAUCAUCAAAAACUACAAAGGUACAUACUGCAGAAAAUGAGUUUACAUCUACCGGGGCAACAACCCAUGGUAAAAUGAGUACCAUUAAACAAACAUCUGCUAAAUUCACCUCUGAAAAGUCAACCACUAAACAUUCAAAUGAAAACACACCUAGCAGCUCAAGUUCUGUGGAAGAAUCUCACGAAUCCAAUGAAGAAACAUCAACUAGAGCAAGUAAGACAACUAGACCAACUCUAGGCACUGCUUCUUCUAAGUCUACAGCUGCAAGAAGCACAAAAGUAACUUCAAUCACACCAACAUCAUCUCAGAAACCAAUGUCACUAAAAACUACUAAAGUAUCAACUGCAUCUGAUGAAGUAUCUUCUGCCAAAGUACCAUUUUCUAAAUUUAGCACAUUUUUCUAUAAAUCAACAUCUGAAUCAUCCCAAGAAGAUAAAACCACAACUUAUAUACCCUCAAAAACAUUUGCAGAAAUGUCAUCUACAGUUAGUAAGCUAAGCACAUCAAUUAAGCCCAUGUCAAUAAAAACUACUAAAGUGUCUACUCAUUCUGGAGAGGACACAGCAACAUCAAAGUCAUCCUCUGUAAGAUAUUCUACUGUUUCUCAGAAGUCAACCAGUAUAGCUUCUAGUGAAACAUUUAGUUCUAAACCACCCACAAAAAGCACCAAAAGUUCCACGUUCUCAACACAUGCCACAAGAGACAAUGAAAGUGUGAUUACUAAAACUUUGAAACCGAUCACAACAGCGCAACAAACUUUUUCUACGACCAAAUGUAUGUGCAACGUAAAUGGAGUUUUGGUUUUACCCGGCCACAUUUUUUAUAACACCUCUGAUAACGCUGGCUGGUGUUUCUAUGCUCGGUGCAAUGAGACUUGCCAAGUGGAAAGGUACAGUGAACAAUGUCAUAGAUCUACAAUAGCAACCACCAUAAGCAGUACCAAAACAGCAAAAACUGUCACUGCAAGCACGGUGACUGCAACUUCCACAAAGGCAAGCAACACAGAAUCAGCUAGAUGGAGCACAAAGACACCCCAGACAAAGACCUCUACAUCGGCUCCUAUUUCAGCCAGCACUUCCCCAUAUGAUUGCGGUGCACUAAAGCCACCUAGAAAGAUGAAUGAAACCUGGUCUAUUGACAAGUGCACCAAGGCGACCUGUGUUGGACAAAAUAACAUAGCUAUAAAGCAGAAGGAAUGUCCACCUGUUAACAAUGUGGUUUGUGCCAAUCGCUUACAAGCAAGAAAGAUAUAUGAUGAAAGUGGCUGCUGUUAUCAGAACGAGUGUGAAUGUGUCUGCGGUGGCUGGGGUACCUCCCAUUACAUAACAUUUGAUGGUACCUAUUAUUCCUUUAAUGGCAAGUGCACCUAUGUCCUCGUCCAACAAAUUACACCACGCUUUGACCACUUCCGAGUUUACAUAGACAACUUCUCCUGUGACCCAGAUGACCCAACGUGCAUUAAGACACUUCGUAUCAUGUACAAGAGUGAUAGUAUUGUCCUGACCUCCCAGGAGAUAAACAAUAGGCCAGAAAACAAGGUAUACUUAAAUGAAGAGAGAAUAUAUCCAGCCAUAAUGAGAAAUGGCAUAACAAUCACUUCAUCUGGCAUAUUUAUGAUAGUGGAGAUACCAGAGUUGGGAGCAUAUAUCUCCUUUAAUGUUCUCAGCUUCACUGUCAAGUUGCCGUUCAGCAAGUUUUCAAGCAACACUGAAGGACAUUGCGGCAAGUGUUCUAAUACUCGUACUGAUGACUGCAUCCUGCCCAACGGAAAAUUGGCUCCAUCUUGUGCCCAAAUGGCAGGAUAUUGGGGUGCUCCAGAUCAGGACAUGUCUACUUGCAACUCCAUUCCUACCAGUGCCCCCACCACAAUCAUCCAAUCUGCAUUCCCGUUUUCUUCCAAGUCAUCUGCCUAUUUCUCCACUCCAUUAUCCAGCUUACCACAAACAUUCUCAUCAAGUGCUCCAUCUACUGAAUUUCCCACUCAGACACCAAGGGCUCCAUCUACUGAACUUCUCAUUCAGUCAUCUACAUAUCCCUCAACCAUGUCCCAAACAGAACCAGAUGAGCCCUGCAACCCUCCUGACAUCUGCAAGAUUAUCAUCAGCAGUGUUUUCGAGAGGUGUCACAGUGUUGUGCCCCCUGAGCCAUUCUACCAAUCCUGUGUCAGGGACGGAUGCAUUAAGUCUGUAGGUGAAGUUCUCUGCUCCAACUUGCAGAGCUAUGCCAGCUUCUGCGCCAUGGAGGGAGCCUGCAUAGACUGGAGAAACAGUACCAAUGGAGCUUGUCCCAUGAACUGCACGACAGAUAAAGUAUACAAGGCAUGUGGACCUCGAGUUGAACCAACCUGUAAUUUCAAGUACAAUGAAAUGUUUGCUGAAAAGAAAGAGAAUGAAUUUGUAGAAGGAUGUUAUUGCCCUGAGGGUACCACCUUGUUCAACACUAUCUCAGGACAAUGCGUGUCCUCCUGUGGUUGUACUGGUCCUGAUGGAAUGCCCAAACAGCCUGGAGAGACAUGGGACAGUAACUGCCAGACUUGUAUAUGCGAUAACGUCACAAUGAGUGUGCAGUGUGCCGCAAAAUCUUGCCUUUCCCCCAACACCGCGUCCUGCGCCGAGGAGGGAUACAUGGCAGUAUCAGUAAUGGAUCCUGCCAACCCCUGUUGCCAAGUUACCGAAUGCAGAUGCAACGUCAGCUUGUGUUCCAGUUUAAAACCACUUUGUGAGCCUGGUUUUGAAGCCGUGCCAGUCAUGGCAGGAGGAAGCUGCUGCCCUACAUAUACAUGCGAGCCCAAAAAAGUGUGUGUGCAUAACAAUACAGAGUACCAGCCCGGGGUCAUCGUUCCUUCAUCCAACCUUUGUGAGAAAUGUGUGUGUGACAGCACCAUGGACCAUGAAUCAAGCCUCUACAACAUUUCCUGCACACCAAUUACAUGUGACAAGAAAUGUUCACAGGGGUACGUGUAUCAAUCGGUUCCAGGACAAUGCUGUGGGAAGUGUGUGCAAACACAAUGUGUCAUGGAUCUGCCCGAUAACUCCACUUAUGUGCUCCAGCCUGGGCAGAGCUGGUCACCUCCGGGAGAUAACUGUACUCAUUAUGAGUGUAUCAAGAAGAAGGACAAGCUGAUGCCUGUGGCAUCCAAGAUAUCCUGUCCAAGAAUUAACCUUGAUGACUGCAUCCCUGGAACAAUUCAAAAGGAUGCCACUGGGUGCUGUCAAACCUGUGUCCAAGAACCGAAAAAGUGUCAGGUGGCAAAGACAGAAAACAUCAUUCUUCAGAAUGGCUGCAAAUCCCUUACUCCGGUCUUGAUGUCAUACUGCAGAGGAAAUUGUGACAGUUCCUCCAUGUAUUCUGCAGAAGCACAGGCCAUGAAGCGCAAGUGUAAAUGUUGCCAGGAAACAAAAACUGAAAAGGUCACCAUUGACUUAAGUUGUCCCUCUGGUAAACUGAUGAAAUACACCUAUAUCAAUGUCCAGAGUUGUGCCUGUGUUAACACCCACUGUAAGGAAGACAAGAAAGCAGAUGAAAAGCAGAAUGGAAAUUCUCACUCUGAAGAGGAUUCUUCAGAAAACAGAAGCAAAGAGAUUCAAAAAGGUGUAAAAUUAGGAAAAGAGCCUAAAUCAGAAAAUAUGUCUUCAGAAGAACUUCAAAACUCCAAGAAGCCAGUGCCCAAGACCACAGAACAAUCUGCAAAGCCGAAAAAAUCUGAUGACAAAGAUAAAUCUGAAGAAACAUCUAGAUAA